ACCAGAAAUAUCUAAAUACUGCAUCCGAGCGCCAUCUAUUGGCAACUAAGAAACUAAUAUUUAUCGCGCAUGUUUAAAUUAUUGUAGACAGGUACUAAAUUUAUUUUAUUACCUAUAAUUGCAUUGUUUGUCAACAUCAAAUGAAUGAACUAAGUAGUUUUAAAUAAAACGUUAUAAUUUAUAUGAACCACGAGCUUUUUGUUGGUUUAAGGUUACAAAAACGCGCGAAACUUGUUCAGCUGUUGAUCAUCUUAGGUUUGUUUUGCUAACAAAAUGGAAACACCAUUAAAAGCAACGCGAAUUAAACUCAAAAGAAACAUCCUCCUUAAUAAUAACUACGACGGUAAUCCAAAGGAGCGCAAACAAAUCUAUGACCUGUUGCAUAGAACACUUGAAUUCGGAGAAUCCAACUCAGCUCUGCUCAUUGGACCCAGAGGAUCAGGAAAACCAAAGUAUUUAGUAAAUAACGUCCUAUCUGAAUUAGAAGAAUUACCACACUUCAAAAACAACUGUGUUAUUGUCUAUCUCAAUGGAUUUUUACACACUGAUGAUAAAUUGGCACUGGUUUCCAUCACAACACAGAUGAACCUAGACAAUGUAGUUGGUGAGAAAGUAUUUGGCAGCUUUGCAGAGAACUUAGCAUUUUUGUUGGCAUGUCUACGUACGGGCAACAAACACACUUCAAUCAGCGUCUUAUUCAUUAUAGAAGAAUUCGAUUUGUUUUGUUCACACACAAAUCAAACACUACUCUAUAAUUUAUUUGAUGUAUCACAAUCAGCACAAGCACCAAUCUGUGUCUUGGGUGUGACAUGUCGAAUGGACGUUAUAGAAUUACUAGAAAAACGCGUGAAAAGUCGCUUCUCACAUCGUCAAUACUUUUUGUUUCCUGGCACGGAAAAUGGCGACGAAUUGAAUUUCUACACAGAAAGACUGAAAAAUAUGCUAACACUACAUAAAGAUGAAUCUUUAAACACUAAAUACAUAAAUGAAUGGAAUGAUAGAAUCAAAAAACUGAUAAAAGAUAAAAAAUUCCGAACAAUUAUCCAAAGAUGUCUAGAUAUCAGCCUAAAUGAAAACGUACUGAAAAACAUGGUUAUAUCAGUCGUAACAAAACUAAACAAUGAAAAUCCCUUCAUAACUUGUGAUGAUUUCGAAGCAGAACUUGAAUUAUUCGAAAAAGACGACGUGUCUGAACAACUUCUGGACUUAAGCGUGUUAGAAAUCUGUCUUUUGAUCAGUAUGAAGCAUCACUGCGAAAUCUACGACAAUCAACCGAUGAAUUUCGAAAUGAUCUUCACCAGAUACGCAAAAUUCGCUAACUCCAGCAGCAAUAUACAAAAUGUCCAAAGACCUAUCGUCAUGAAAGCAUACGAACAUCUUAUAAACAUGGAAUUAAUUCAACCGAUCACCGCAGGGGCGCAACACAAUCGCGCUCAGAAAGAAUACGAAAUGUCGAUUUUGGUUACAAAACAACAAAUCAUGGACGCAGUAAAACGCUUUCCUGGUUUACCCACAGACGUGGCGCAAUGGGCAAUCAGCUCAUUAAUUUGAUCGUAUAAAUUAUAAUAUUGGUAUGUAUUGAACAAUAAUUUGCGAAUUGGAUACACGUACACAAUAUCGAACUAAUAAAAUAUUAAAGUUACAUUAAGAAGAAGCAAGAACGCAACCGACAAGACAACUAAAAUACAUUUUGUGUUGUGAUGGAAUGAAGACAAAAUAAAAAAAUCGUUGAAUCAUUAAA